AUGAAAUUUUCUCUUCUGAAUGAAAAUGACGAAACAACAUCAGGAAACAUUAAUGGCCACAUCAUUAUGGGUUCUCCUGUUGUUGAAGAAGGACAACUUUAUAAUGAAACAGGAUUUGAUCUAUCUAUAAAUCUUGUCAAUAAUGAACAACAAACAGUAUCCGAUUCGCUUUUAUUCUAUGACAUUUUAUAUGAAAUACCUUCCGGUGUCAAUACUGAACAAGAAGUGAUUUCUUAUUGUCAAAACAGUACCAUAACAGUAAUUCGUGAAAAUAAUUUAGGUGGUGAUGAUUUGGAGUAUUAUAGACUACCUGGAACAAUGAUUUCACAUAUUUCCGGAUCACCUUUUUAUUUAAUCAUGGGAAUAGUCUACCUUAUUGUAUUGGUAUCUCUAGCCCUUUGGGUAUGUUUUUAUUGGAAAAAAUCAGACAAACAGAAAGGUAAACAAACUAAAGGAAAACCUGUUCCGGUAGAAAAUUCCAAUGAUAAUAAAAAGUAA